GUUUGUCGAGAAGGUUUGUGUCUGUGGUGGAACUGUCAGAGCAUUGUUUUUGAAGCGAGUGUUUUUCUUUUAAAUCUAUUGUAUAUCUUCAUGCAUUAUUAAGUUAAUAAAAUUAAUGGAAGCAAUUUCUUUGCCACUAAAACCCUAUUAUUUUUAUUAUUUAGUAAUUCAUCGGGUUUUAUUAGCGAACGAUAAUUAGGUUUCGAAAGAUUUUAAAGUUCCAGAUUCGUUAAUAAGCAGUUUGGGACUAUUGGUUAUACAGGAUGCCAGAAGAACCAAAUUCAGAACCAGUGAAACGUCUUACUCCGGCUAAAGGAGGUAAACCAGCUAUGGCAACUGUCACUCUUUUGGAUGGCAAGACUCUGGAAAUCAACAUUGAGAGAAAAGGAAAAGGUGAAAAAAUCUUUAAUGAAGUAUGUGAUCAUUUGGAUCUUCAAGAGAAAGAUUAUUUUGGACUCAGCUUCAAAGACAAGGCCGGGCGUAGGACAUGGCUUGACUUGGACAAGAGAGUUGGAAAAGUGUUGAAGGGGGAUACAUGGAACUUGGAUUUUGAAGUAAAAUUCUAUCCCAAAGAUCCUUCUCAACUGCAAGAGGAUAUAACUAGGUACCUUUUGUGUCUUCAAGUGAGAAAUGACAUUCUUAGUGGAAAAUUACCUUGCAGUUUUGUCACCCAUGCUCUGCUUGGAUCUUAUUUGGUACAAUCUGAAUUAGGAGACUUUUCUCAAGAGGAUUAUCCAGAUUCUUCGUAUUUAUCGAAGUUCAAGUUCUGCCCUAAACCAGCUCCAGGACUGGAAGAGAAAGUAAUGAACUUGCAUAAAGCCCAUAAGGGACAGACACCAGCUGAGGCAGAACUGCAUUAUCUUGAGAAUGCUAAGAAGUUGGCUAUGUAUGGGGUUGACCUACACCCUGCAAAGGAUUCUGAAGGCGUUGACAUUCAACUUGGGGUAUGCUCAACUGGUCUUCUUGUAUACAGGGACAUGUUGCGUAUUAAUCGAUUUGCUUGGCCCAAGAUUUUGAAGAUCUCUUACAGGCGUAAUAAUUUCUACAUUAAGAUACGUCCUGGUGAAUUUGAACAGUAUGAAUCAACUAUUGGUUUCAAACUAGAUAGCAGCAGAGCUGCUAAAAACCUCUGGAAAGUUUGUGUUGACCAGCACACAUUCUUUAGAUUGAUGUCUGCAGAUUCUAUCAAGAGGCCUGGGUUAUUUCCAAGACUAGGAAGCUUAUACAGAUGGAAUAGGAAAACUCAAGUAGAAGUGUUGGAUUCAUCGCUGAACCCUAGGCCUGAACAGAAUUUCCAAAGGUCUCACUCAUGUAGACCCUCUAAAAGUCUUGAUGCCCUAGCACAACAGCAGAUGAAUGUUGAUGAUCCUAUGAAGCGCCAUACAAUGUCUCAUGCUCCUGCCCGAACUUCUAUCCAUGAUUCACCAGUGAGACUAGAAAAGGGAGAAGAGUCGUCAGUUGCUUCUAUAUCUUCGACAGAGGGAGAAUUUUCAACUGAGAGGAGUGAACAAGAUAAACCACCUGGCGCCGUUCCCGUAUUGCCUAUUGAACCUAUAAAAAAGAAACAAUAUGAUAAAGAAAAAGGAACCAAUGGAUUCUCUGCCAAUGAUCUUGAAGAUGAAGAAAAAGAAAACAGAAAUAAUGUAGUAGACGAUGUCACCACUCCAGUCAAGGAUGAAAUAACUGAAAAGAAAAAACAGAGUCCUUCCCACGGUCUGAUAAGUCUUUUUCACUCUUCGAGUCCUAAAGAUAAAAAGGAAAAGCCUGUAAAGGAGAGAGAUGACCAAGAAGGGAAAAAGGGGAAGAAGAAAAAAGAAAAGAUUCCUGUUGCACUAGAAGUAGAAGAAGGUAGAACAAAAGAAUCUAAUAAAUCUCAUGACAGUAAAAAUAAGAAAGAUAAGGAUUCUGCUUUAUAUGAAAGCUUGGGAAAACUAGGAAAUUUCGGGAAAAGUAAAGAUAAAGAACCAAAAGUUGAAAAGGAUAAAAAAGAAAAAGACCGAAGUAAGGAGAAGGAGAAAAGCUCGGGAAAAAGUGAAAGUUCAGAAGAUAAAUCAAAGAAAAAUGAUAAAAUGUCUGUUUUUAAAACAGAUAAAAAAGAAAAGAAAAAAGAUAAAAAGGACAAGUCCAAAACAGAUUCAGAAAAAUCUCCUGACUCAAGCUUAGACAGAUCAAGAUCACUUAGUUCAACGUUAGACAAGACCAAUUCUCCUGAAACAAGUUUAGACCAAACAAGCAAAACUCUUGAGAAUGAUAGGUCUUUAACUGAAUCUGAAAAUAAUCCAUAUACCAAAGUUUAUGAAUACACUUCAGUAGAAGAUUCUAACCGACCCAAAUCUAUCAGCAAGUUCACUUAUGAAACUGAUCGGAAACCUGAUAGUUCAGCCAAUAAAAGUUCGACCUCACCAACUCAGACCAAAACUGAGACAGGAGUUGCAUUCAACUAUGCUCCAGUCGAAACAGCAAAACUUAAACAUGAUCCAGAAUCUGCCUCAAAUGUCUUACACCGCUUAUUCAAUAAAAAGAAAGAAAAACCUUUGAAACAUGAAGAUGAUAAACUCGCAGAAAAUAAGUCAGAUCAAUUAUUAGGGAAGGUUGUAAGCAAUGAAACCAACAAAUUACCUGGAGUGUAUCAUGAUACUGAAGCUCAGUCCUUAAUGGCUCAUGGUAAAGAACUUGAUGGAGAACCAGGCUCUCUUGAAACGGAAGCUAAAUUGUCAAAUAAGAAAGAAAAAAAAUUAUCUGACUUUAUUGAAGCAGAAAAAGUAACCGAAGAAGAGUCUCGAGGUCCUAAAGUUGUUAUGACUACAACAAAGUCCCAUUUAGUUAGCAGUGGUGGAACUGUUACCCAAAAUAUUGAAGAGAAGGUGGAGGACAUGGAUACUGGAGAAGUGACUCAUUCAACUCAUGUCAAUACGGCUGAAGGUCUAGAUGAAUCAAGAUCUCCAUUUAUAACUGCAACAGCUUUCACUACCAGAACUGCAACAACUCUGGAAGAUUUGGGUACCAAUGCUAAAACUUCGCAAGUUGAAGAGAAAACUGUUGCCAGGAGCACUACCACAACUGGCCAUCGACAAGAGCAGAGGGUUGUGACACAAGAAGUUAGAGCAACAACUGUUGUCAAUGAGCCUCAGAAGCCAAGGAGGAGUGAAUCGUCAUCUUCCAUUUCUUCUGAUGAUUCUGGGACACCAAUCGAUGGAGAUGGUGGCACUUAUUACUUAGAAAGAAAACCACAGGGACCAAUAGUUGAAACAGAGACAGUUCUUUACAGUGCCAAUCCAGAGUUGGACGUUAGUGGUGAGCAUCAUACACCACUUGUGCCUACGGUAACCCAACGGUUGGAUGAUGUCACCUUCCAAAUUCCUGGAGCAGUUGUUAAAUCACAGACCAUAACUUCAAAAACUCGAACUGUUGAAACUCUUACAUACAAGACAGAAAAAGAUGGUGUUGUUGAAACAAGAGUUGAACAAAAGAUAACCAUCCAAAGUGAUGGUGAUCCAAUAGACCACGAUAAAGCUCUUGCUGAGGCAAUACAAGAAGCUACAGCCAUGAAUCCUGAUAUGAGAGUGGAGAAGAUUGAGAUCCAACAAGAAGCAUUACCUUAAUUUUGCUAAUCGUGGAAAACACAGCCAUCACUACUGCCUAUCUGCAGCCAAUCUUACUUCAUGCUUAUCAUUUGUGCUGCUUAUGGAUUUUUCUACUAAUGAUAUGUUUUGAAAAACUUUUCACUGUAUUAAUUUGUCCCAAAGAUGAAAGCACAAGGACCUGUUAUCAUACUUUAAUGUUUUAUUGUGGUUGGUGCAAUAUAAUAUGAUUUUACCUAUAAGAUAUGAAGCUAAAAAAAAAUUCAUUAUUGACAUUAUUAUUUUAAAAUGACAGAAAUGCUCAUUGCUCAUAUUUUUACCCCACAUUAUGGAUGAAAAAUUAAAAAUAUGUACAAAUAUGUAGUAAAGCUCUCUUUUUUCAUAAUUGUAAUUCUUUUGUAUAUAAGAAUUAGUAUGUUUCAUUUUAAGGAUUUUUUUAAUUAUAUUUUUUUAACACAUUCCAAUUACAAAUUUAAAUUAUUAAAUUUGAAAGAAAAGUAUUAUUUUUAAUAUGCUGUAUCAAUAAAACAUUAUCUAUCAAGUACAAGAAAUAUAAAGAAAAUAUAUAACAGUUAUAUUUUAACCAAUAACUGAUUAAAAUAUUUGCAUAUAGGAUCUAUAUGGUACUAUUAAUGGCAGCCAUACAACUUGAUUAAUUUCUUUUUAAGAAAUUCUAAACUUUUCAAUGUUUUUACUGAUAUUCUAAUUCCAUAUGCUUGUUGAAUGCUUUAAUUGAUAUUUAUUUUAUUCUUCAUUUUAUAAAGUUGAUCAAUUUUGUGCCUUAAAUAUAUUACUUACUGACAAAAAUAUUUAUUUCAUGUGGAUUAUAUUCAUUUAUAUCUCAGUUGCUUUAAAGCCUCUAAAACAAAUUAUGCACCAAAAUGCAUAUUAGUUUAAUUAUUUUUUGUAUUAUUAUUAGGA